CACUGUUCGGCUCUCCAGGUGCAGAGGUUCCUGUCUAAACCCUAAACCAGGGUUUAAGGUUUUUGGUCUCGCGCCAUCCUCCACCUCCUUUCUCCUCCGCAUGAUUCUUCACCGCCGUUACUUACCCCAUUAACUAAGUUAUUUCCUUCAUUUCUCGAUUCCCCAUGGCUGCUUCUAGAUUGUUCUCGUGCAUAGCUGCCGCCGUCGCUUCCGCCUUUACUCUCCAGAAUCCCGCUUAUGCUGACUCGCCCUUCCGCUUCCCCUUCUAUUCUUCUUCUUCUUCUUCGUCAGCUUCUCAGUCGGAGCAAUCAUCAAAUGCCAAAGAAGACGAUAAUGCCGAGCCCAAAGAGCCCAAAGGUGCGGGGUUUGAUCCGGAGGCUCUUGAGAGAGGCGCCAAAGCUCUUCGCAAAAUUAAUGACUCUCCUGUUGCCAAGCAGGUUUUUGAUCUUAUGAGACAGCAGGAAAAGACUCGGUUGGCCGAGGUGGCAGCGGAGAAAGCUCAUUAUGAAGCCAUUCAAAGCCAGAUUGACAUUGACAGGCAGAGGAAGGUGGCUGAAGAGCAGCGGAACCUAAUGCAACAACAUGCUCAGGCAAAAGCACAAAAACUGAGAUAUGAAGAUGAGUUGGCAAGGAAAAGAAUGCAGGCUGACCAUGAAGCUCAGAGGAGACAUAAUGUGCAAUUGGCACAGAUGCAAGAGGAGUCGGCAAUAAGAAAAGAACAGGCAAGACGGGCUACUGAGGAGCAGAUCCAAGCACAGCAACGCCAGACCGAGAAAGAGAGAGCUGAAAUAGAAAGAGAAACUAUAAGAGUUAAAGCAAUGGCUGAAGCUGAAGGCCGAGCCCAUGAAGCUAAAUUGACAGAGGAUCAUAACAGGCGAAUGCUAAUAGAGCGGAUAAAUGGUGAAAGAGAGAAAUGGCUUGCUGCAAUUAAUACAACUUUUAGCCACAUAGAAGGGGGUUUUAGGACUUUGUUGACUGAUAGGAAUAAGUUGAUUAUGACCAUUGGAGGAGCAACUGCAUUAGCUGCUGGCAUUUAUACUACUAGGGAAGGAGCCAGGGUCACAUGGGGUUAUAUUAAUCGGAUAUUAGGGCAGCCAUCAUUGAUUCGCGAAUCUUCCAUGUCCAAAUUUCCAUGGUCAGGGAUAGUUUCUCGAGUAAAGAACCAAGCUCUGAAAGCGGCACCAUUGAAAAGUAAAAAGGGUCUUGAAAAUGUUGUUCUCCAUUCUUCACUGAAAAAGAGAAUAGAGCAACUUGCUAGAGCCACAGCAAACACCAAGAUUCACCAGGCCCCCUUCAGGAACAUGCUAUUUUAUGGACCACCUGGCACUGGAAAAACACUGGUUGCAAGAGAGAUGGCUCAAAAAUCAGGAUUGGAUUAUGCAAUGAUGACAGGCGGUGAUGUGGCACCCUUGGGUGCGCAGGCUGUCACCAAGAUCCACGAGAUAUUUGAUUGGGCAAAGAAAUCGAAGAAGGGCUUACUGCUUUUUAUUGAUGAGGCUGAUGCUUUUCUAUGCGAGCGUAACAACACACGCAUGAGUGAGUCGCAGCGUAGUGCUUUAAAUGCGUUGCUGUUCCGAACUGGAGAUCAAUCAAGGGACAUUGUCCUCGUGCUCGCCACUAACAGACCAGGAGAUCUUGACAGUGCUGUUACUGACCGAAUUGAUGAGGUGAUUGAGUUCCCACUUCCAGGGGAGGAAGAACGGGUCAAUCUGCUGAAGCUUUACGUAAACAAGUACCUCCAUGACGAAGGCGACAAUGCAUCAUCUAAGUUGGGUCUCUUCAAUAAAAAGCCACAGAAGAUAACCAUAAAAGAUUUGUCUGAAGACGUGAUCCGAGAGGCGGCUACAAAAACAGAAGGGUUCUCUGGCCGUGAGAUAGCGAAAUUGGUGGCUGGUAUCCAAGCAGCGGUCUAUGGCAGGCCAGACUGUGUACUGGAUUCUCAGCUGUUUAGGGAAAUUGUUGACUACAAGGUUGCCGAGCAUCACCAGCGAAUGAAACUGGCGGCUGAAGACGGUCACCCCCAGCCUCCGCGAGCUUAGAAAUUGGUUACGAGCAAUAAAUCCUGGGUGUGGGAAUUUUUUCUUUUGUUCUCACACACGUUGAAAAUCAUUUAUGAUUCAAAAUGGAGUAGCACAAAUAUUCACUUGGGUUUCCAACUGAAUGAAUGCAUGUUGGUUUA